AUGGCCAAGACGCGUUCCCUGCUCGGGCUCUCUUUCCUGCUGGCCGCGCUGGCGAGCUGUGCCUCGCCGCCGCCCGCGAAGCAGCAGAUGUAUGUGGGCGCGGCUGUCAGUGUGAAGCAUCUGACCGAGGACCCGGCGUACAAGAAGCUGGUCGACCAAUUCUUCAGCGUCAUCACCCCCGAAAACGAAAUGAAGUGGGGCGAGACUGAAAAGGAGCGCGGAAAGGAGGUGACUACGGACCUCGACACCCUGCACGAGUACGUCAUCAAGAACGGCAAGAAGCUCCGGGGCCACGCCAUCCUAGCUCAUACCCAGAAUCCUAACUGGGUCUCGAACCUGAGCAAGGAGGACAUGAAGGCGGCGGCGUACAAGCACAUGGAGCUCAUCUUCAAGAAGUACGCCAAGAGCAUGAUCUCCCUCGACGUCUGCAACGAGAUCAUCGAUGAUACCGGCGGCGUGCUCCGACAGACCGUCUGGCUCCAGACCUGGGGCGAAGAGUUCAUUGUCGACAUCUACACUGAGGCCAGACGGCUGGCGAAGCUGUACAACCCUGACGUCUUGCUGUUCAUUAACGACUUCAGCAUCGAAGAGAAGAAUGUCAAGUCGGACAAGAUGCUCGAGCUGGCUACCUCCCUGCACAAAAAGGGCAUAUUGGAUGCCGUCGGCUUCCAAAGUCACCUGGAAGUUGGAAAGUUUCCUAAAGAUUUCCAGAAGAAUUUGCAGCGUUUCAUAGAUGCAGGUUUACUUGUCGCUCUGAGUGAGCUUGACAUCCGAAUCAAGCUGCAAGGGAGGAGUGAAAGCGAGAUCGCCAAAGACAGAGAGCAGCAGACGAAGGACUUCGAGGCGGCAUUUGAAGUCUGUGCGGGUCUCGACGGCUGUCUUGGGAUCACGCUCUGGGGAGUCUCGGACCAGUACUCGUGGAUCCCAACGACCCCGGGCACCUCAGACGCCGGCGAAGCGCUGAUGUUCGACAAAGACUACAAGCCCAAGCCGAGCUUCGACAGUCUCAAAGGCUACUUCACACCUUCCCGGCGAGCCUCCCGUUGUGCAUAG